GGUCAGGCGUGUGGCACCUUCAAUAUAUAGUGCAGAACCGAAUGAAAGUCAUUUAGCUGUUCUCACUGAAAAUGGAACCAAUGGUUGUACCUGUGAUAUUUAUGGUCGUGACUGUAUUAUUAUCAGUUGCUCUAUCGCUGGAUUGUUCGGGUAAACAGGACGGUGUGUACGACGAAGGGUGCCGCUCGUACACGAAGUGUGUCAAUGAGACAGCUGUAGUUAUGUUCUGUAAACCGUACACAGCGUACAACAGGGACACAUACACAUGUGAUGACGCGUUUAAUGUACCGCCGCCCUGUGGUACGUAUCGGGAGUGUUCCACUCUCAGCGAUGGGGCCUAUCCUGAUAUCGAGAUGACGUGUAGAUCCUAUUACACUUGUAACAGGGGAAAGUUCUUUGGGCAUUCCUUGUGUCCCUCAAGAUUGGUAUUUAACCAGGAAUUACAGGUGUGUGAUUGGACAUUUAAUGUGUCAAAGCCUUGUGGAACUCUACCAGCGACGGAUCUAUCCAUGAGUAUUGAGGAAUUUAUGACUCUAUAAUCACAGCAAUGCUUUACAUUACGUAUCUUUGAUUUUUUGUCGAUAUUAUUCCACGAUGCUCGGAUCUAACAGAAAUUACGUAUCCCCUACUGCGUCAUUGUGCAGGCGAUUCUCAGGGAAUACAUAUUUUGCAGAUAUAUUCCGUCUUUGCAUAUUGCAGAGUUAUCUUCUCUUGGGAGCAGGUAUUGAUUGUUACGUCAC